AUGGUUAGGACACGAGGAAAUUUAUCUAGAUGUUGUUCAAAUGAUGUACCCGAGAGUUCCACACAAGGUGGUGCACGCAAGAGACCGACAGUCUCGGCUCGUAGAAGGGAUCAACAUGAGGCUAAUGUUGUUGAGGAUGAUAUUGUUGAGAAUGAGGUUUUGACGACACUUCUUGGUGUUGAUCGGGCCAUGGCUUGUGUGGAGCUGAAUCAAAGUCGGGGUGCACAGGUCCGACUUAGCUGGUUGAGAGAGUUGUAUGACAGCUGUUGUGAAAACGAGCUAUGGGAGUUUGCUGCACGUGCAUAUCUUUUGCACCUUGUAGGGUGCACGAUAUUUGCUAACAAAAGCGCCACCUAUGUUCGUACACAUUAUCUCGAGCUAUUUAGAGAUCUCUCCACAUGUCGUACAUAUGGUUGGGGAGUUGCUGCUCUUGUCCACUUAUAUGAGCAGCUAGGAGAUGCCAGCUUUGCAAAUACAAAGCAAUUAGCUGGAUAUCUACCUCUUCUGCAGGCUUGGAUAUACGAGCACUUCCCUACAUUGGGAAGGAAACAAGUACGGGAUACAUAUGUGGAGACCGAACCCCGUGCUCUACGUUAUGUCACUGGACGCGCCAUUUCCGCUAUAGCUGAUGUUAGAGUCCAGUUGGAUGGCUUGACAUAUGACGGGAUGAUUUGGAACCCAUAUGUAGCACAUAGAGCUGCUCGACAACUUGUAACACAUGGCAUGUUUUCUGGCUUCCUUAGGGUUGGUACCGUCGUACAACGUCAUUUGUCGGAGCGUGUGUUGCGACUAUUUGGCUUCAUCCAGCCUAUUCCACGACCGCCUAGUUCGGUUCCCAUGAUGGACUUUGAGGCUAUUGAUGAUCGGUGGAAAAAGCACGAGCAGUUUGUUGUACAUCAAGUGGUUCAAGCACCAGCUCCUUUUUCAUGUUCAGAUGGAUAUUUGCAGUGGUUUAGGAGAGGUCUCGUGAAACACAUUGUAGGUGGUCUUCAGUGGAUGAUAGACUGUAGAGACGUUACUGAGGGCACAGUUGGCUGGGAUCGCACUCAUGAGUUAUUGCAGAUGGCUCGAGACGGCGUUGAAGAGGAAAAGAGUAGAGGAGGACGUAGAGUUCGAGGUCGACGACCAUCUACGUCUGGAUAG